AGCCUACCCUCGAGCUAGGGUUUGGAGCUCGGGAGUUGGGGCUAUGGCGGCAGCGAUGGCGGCAGUGAAUGCGUCCCCAGUCCCUUCGGGAGAGAAGUUGCCGUCGUCGCACAGCAUCGAAUCUGGCCACACCGACAUUGUCCACGACGCGCAGAUGGAUUACUACGGCAAGCGCCUGGCGACGUGCUCAUCGGAUCGAUCCAUCAGGGUUUUCUCCGUGCCGCAGGGAUCCCAAGGUGAGCACUUGCUGGCGACGCUGAGCGGGCACGACGGCCCGGUGUGGCAGAUCUGCUGGGGCCAUCCAAAGUUUGGAUCCAUCCUCGCCUCGUGCUCCUACGAUGCCAAGGUGAUCAUCUGGAAAGAGGGCGCCGAGAACCAGUGGAUCCAGGCACACGUCUUCAAGGAGCACGAAGCGUCGGUGAAUAGCAUCGCCUGGGCGCCCCACGAAUUCGGCCUCUGCCUGGCUUGCGGCUCCUCGGAUGGAACGAUCUCGGUGCUCACGAACAAGCCGGAUGGAUCCUGGGACAGGGUGAAGAUCCAGCAAGCCCAUCCGGUGGGCGUCACCUCGGUGUCCUGGGCUCCCUCGGCGUCGCCCGGAUCUCUCCUGGGCGAUGGCCGCGCGGGCUUGAUCCAGAAGCUCGUCUCCGGGGGAUGUGACAACACCGUCAAGGUGUGGAAAUUCGCGGAUGGGCACUGGAAGAUGGAUUGCUUCCCGCCGCUCUCGAUGCACAGCGACUGGGUGAGAGACGUCGCCUGGGCUCCAAAUCUGGGGCUCCCCAAGAACACCAUCGCCAGCGCUUCCCAGGAUGGAACUGUGGUGAUUUGGACGCAGGGGCGCGAGGGCGAUCAGUGGCAAGGGCAGCUCCUCCACGAUUUUAAAUCGCCGGUGUGGCGAGCGAGCUGGUCUCUCACUGGGAAUAUCUUGGCAGUGGCCGAUGCUACCAACAGUGUGACGCUCUGGAAGGAGGCCGUGGAUGGGGAGUGGAGUCAAGUAAAUACCAUCCAGUGAAAGUUACCGUGGUAAAAAGUUUUCUCUCCUGUGUGGGCUGGAACCAUUUGUUCUAUGUUUAUUUUUUUACAAAGUUAAAAAGCAUGAACCCUAAAA